AUGGCUACCCUUAACGCAUCCUCUACCACUGGCACCACCCCCACCCCUGGGCACAAUGCCCCGUCCCCGCCUCCGGACACCUCCUUCCCCAGCACCCCUGCUGAUCCUGUCACCAAAGAUCCCCCUGCUGCCCCCUCCAGCUCUGAGAGCAUGAGGCCCUCAGAGCCAGGGGGACAGGCCCUGGAGUCGGGCUGUGGCCUCGUCCCACCAAAGGAGACUGGGGAGCCCCGAGAAGAGCCUGGCUGUGGUGGCUUCUCACCAAAGGACCUAGGAGUGCAAGAGGACAAGGAGCAGGAGGAAGAAGGAGGAGGGCUCCCUCCCGUGGACCUAAGCAACCAUUUAUUCUUCACAGCUGGUGGCGAGGCCUACCUCGUGGCCAAGCUGUCCCUGUCAGGUGGCAGUGAACUCCUGUUACCAAAGGGCUUCCCCUGGGGCGAGGUGGGAAUCAAGGAAGAGCCCAGCCUGCCCCUCCUUGCCCACCCGCCCCCUGCACUCCUCACUGCCCUUCACAUCCAACAUGGCUUUGACCCAAUCCAAGGCUUUAGCUCUUCUGACCAAAUUCUGUCCCAUGAUACCUCAGCGCCAUCUCCGGCCACCUGUGAGGGAAGGGAUGGAGCCUUCUGGAGCUACCAGCUGGCUCCAACCCCCCCCGGAGAUCCCAAAGAUGGCCCUACGGGGAGCCGGGGAGGAGACCACAGGGCACUCUUCUGGCUCUGUGUCCUGUGCCGCCUGGGUUUCAGCAGGCUCCAGGCUUUCGUGGGUCACACACAGUCUCAUGGGGUGAAGCUAACCCCUGCUCACCACCUGGGCCUGCCCGGUAACCCAGCUGUCCUCCAGGCAGGAGAUGAGGGCUGCAGGGCCCUCCUAAGCUUUCUGGAACCAAAACCAGCUGCUCGGCCCCCUUUAGAAGCCCCCCUUGACAAUAGCAGCACGGUGGGCACGGAGGCGAAUGUAGCCCAGCCCGAGGAUGGCCCCCCUGAGGCAGAAGCCCAGGCUCCUGUCCUGCCUGCGGAAGUCACGACCCUCAGCCCGCCCUCCCCGCCCACACCCCCCGCCACCUGGGACCCCAGCCCAACCGAAGCCAAAGAAUCGCUGAUGGCAGCAGGUGAGGCGGGGCCGGAUUGGUUCCCCGAGGGGCAAGAAGAGGAUGGAGGGCUCUGCCCCCCCCUCAACCAAAGCUCACCCGCCUCCAAGGAGGGGGGCACUCUCCCUGCCCCAGUCGGCUCCCCCGAAAACCCCUGCGACCCACCGCAGCCCUACCGCCUCGCCGAAGACUAUAGCCCGGCCCCUGCGGCCUUCCAGGGCCUCAGCCUGUCCAGCCACAUGUCUCUGUUACACUCUCGCAACUCCUGCAAGACGCUCAAGUGUCCCAAGUGCAACUGGCACUACAAGUACCAGCAGACCCUGGACGUGCACAUGCGGGAAAAGCACCCCGAGAGCAACAGCCACUGCGGCUACUGCAGCGCGGGGGGCGCCCACCCCCGCCUGGCCCGGGGCGAGAGCUACAGCUGCGGCUACAAGCCCUACCGCUGCGACGUGUGCAACUACUCCACCACCACCAAGGGCAACCUCAGCAUCCACACGCAGUCGGACAAGCACCUGGCCAACCUGCAGGGCUUCCAGGCGGGCCCCGGCGGCCGGGGCAGUUCCCCGGAGGCGUCCCUCCCGCCCUCUGCCGGGGACAAGGAGCCCAAGACCAAAUCGUCCUGGCAGUGCAAGGUGUGCAGCUAUGAGACCAACAUCUCCCGCAACCUGCGCAUCCACAUGACCUCCGAGAAGCACAUGCAGAAUGUCCUCAUGCUGCACCAGGGGCUGCCGCUGGGCCUGCCCCCCGGGCUGGUGGGGCCAGGCCCCCCGCCCCCGGCAGGAGCUGCCCCCGCCACCCCCCCUGAACUCUUCCAGUACUUCGGGCCGCAGGCCCUAGGGCAGCCUCAGGCUCCCUUGCCUGGCCCCGGGCUGAGGCCGGACAAGCCCCUGGAAGCCCAGCUGCUUCUCAACGGCUUCCACCACCUCGGAGCACCUGCUCGCAAGUUCCCCGCAGCCGCCCCUGGCAGCCUCUCACCGGACACCCACCUGCCUCCGAGUCAGCUCCUGGGCUCCUUGUCCGACAGCCUGCCCACCUCACCGCCCCCAGAUGACAGCCCGUCCCUGAAGGUGUUCCGCUGCCUGGUGUGCCAGGCCUUCAGCACGGACAGCCUGGAGCUGCUGCUCUACCAUUGCAGCAUGGGCCGAAGCCUCCCGGAGGCCGAGUGGAAGGAGGUGGCCGGGGACACCCACCGCUGCAAGCUCUGCUGCUAUGGCACCCAGCUCAAGGCCAACUUUCAGCUCCACCUCAAGACCGACAAACAUGCUCAGAAGUACCAGCUGGCCGCCCACCUGAGGGAGGGGGGCGGGGCCAUGGGCUCUCCGUCCCCGGGGCCCCUGGGAGACGGGGCCCCUUACGGCUCCAUGCCCCCGCUGCACCUGCGCUGCAACAUCUGCGACUUCGAGUCCAACAGCAAGGAGAAGAUGCAGCUGCACGCCCGGGGUGCAGCCCAUGAAGACAACAGCCAGAUCUAUAAGUUUCUGCUGGAGAUGGAGGGGGCCGCGGCCGGGGCCGAGCUGGGGCUCUUCCGCUGCCUGCUGUGUGCGUGGGAGACCCCCUCCCGCCUGGCUGUGCUGCAGCACCUGCGCACACCGGCUCACCGCGACGCCCAGGCCCAGCGGCGCCUGCAGCUGCUGCACAGCGGCCCCGCGGCCGAGGAAGGGCUCUCGGCCCUGCAGAGCAUCCUGAGCUUCAGCCACGGGCAGCUCCGGACUCCCGGGAAGCCUCCUGUCACCCCCUUAGCUGAGCCGCCCACCCCUGAAAAAGAUGCUCAGAACAAAACUGAACAAUUGGCUUCUGAAGAGGCAGAGAACAAGACUGGCCCUCCAGGAGACAAUGCCAACCAGACCACGGUGUUUUGCUGUCCGUACUGCAGCUUCCUGAGCCCAGAGCCCGACCAGGUGAGGGCUCAUGCGCUCUCCCAGCAUGCAGUGCAGCCCAAGUACAGGUGCCCACUGUGCCAGGAGCAGCUGGUGGGCCGGCCUGCCCUGCACUUCCACCUCAGCCACCUGCACAAUGUGGUGCCCGAGUGCGUGGAGAAGCUGCUGCUUGUGGCCACAACUGUAGAGAUGACCUUUACGACCAAAGUGCUGCCUGGGCCCACUCUGUGCCCGCUGGGGGAUGCCCCAGAGCCCCCUGCUCCCCCAGAGCCUGUGCCCAGCAGAGAACAGGGAGCAGAAGGCCCUCACCUUACCCCCGAAGCCAGUCCUGAUCCUCUUCCUGAGCCUCCCCCGCCCUCAGCCGAGGCCCCAGACAAGCCCCCGGGAAGCCCUGAUCGAUCCCCUUCUCCAGCCCCAUCUCCAGCCCCUCUGCCUGAUGGCCCAGUGGAAGAAGUGGCCCCUCCACCCACCGUGGCUGAGGAGGAAGAGGGCAUUGUCGGGGAGCCCCGCCCUGCAGAGCCCGCUCCAGCUGACUCUCGCCACCCUCUGACCUAUCGGAAGACCACCAACUUUGCCCUGGACAAGUUUCUUGACCCUGCCCGGCCCUAUAAGUGCACUGUGUGUAAGGAGUCCUUCACGCAGAAAAAUAUCCUCCUAGUCCAUUACAACUCUGUUUCCCACCUGCACAAGAUGAAGAAAGCUGCCAUUGACCCAUCCGGCCCUGCCCGAGGAGAGGCGGGCGCCGCGCCUCCCACUGCGGCCGCCACAGACAAGCCCUUCAAGUGCACGGUCUGCCGAGUCUCCUACAACCAGAGCUCCACCCUGGAGAUCCACAUGCGUUCAGUUCUGCACCAGACUCGAUCUCGGGGGACCAAGACUGACGCCAAGGCUGAGGGGCCAGAGCGGGGCCAAGAAGAGCCCAAGGAGGGCGAGCUGGAGGGGGAGGUGGGCACUGAGAAGAAGGGCCCUGACCCUGGUGGCUUCACCACUGGAUUGCCCUUCCUGUCACCUCCCCCACCUCCCUUGGACCUGCACCGCUUCCCAGCCCCCCUCUUCACCCCACCAGUCCUGCCCCCCUUCCCUCUGGUGCCCGAAUCACUGCUUAAGCUCCAGCAGCAACAGCUGCUCCUGCCCUUCUACCUCCAUGACCUCAAGGUGGGGCCCAAGCUGGCACUGGCUGGGCCUGCACCCCUACUAGCCGCCGCCCCUCCUCCCCCGCCCCUGCCACCCAAGGCUGAGCUGGCUGAGCGGGAGUGGGAGCGGCCCCCCACGGCAGAAGAGGGGAAUGAGGCAGGGCCCGCCUCACCCCCCACCUCAACGCCCAACGAAGCAGCCCGCACUGCAGCCAAAGCCCUUCUAGAAAACUUUGGCUUUGAGCUGGUGAUUCAGUACAACGAAGGAAAGCAGGCUGUGCCCCCUCCCCCGACCCCCCCCCCACCAGAGGCCCUGGGGGGUGGGGACAAGCUGGCCUGUGGGGCCUGUGGGAAACUCUUCUCCAAUAUGCUUAUCCUCAAGACACACGAGGAGCACGUCCACCGCCGAUUUCUGCCCUUUGAGGCCCUGAACCGUUACGCUGCUCAGUUUCGAAAGAGCUACGACAGCCUAUACCCACCCCCUGCAGAGCCCCCCAAACCUCCUGAUGGGUCCCUGGAUUCACCAGCUCCCCAACUGGGCCUUCCAUUCCUGGUCCCAGAGCCUGAGGCAGGGGGGACCCGUCCCUCUGAGGAGUGUAGCCGGGCAGGACGCUGGCCCCCAGAGGAGGAAGAAGGCUCCAGAGGGAAUCUGCCUCCCCUAGUGCCUGCAGGCCGCAGGUUCUCCAGAACUAAGUUCACAGAGUUCCAGACCCAAGCCCUGCAGUCUUUCUUUGAGACCAGUGCCUACCCCAAGGAUGGAGAGGUGGAGCGGCUCGCAAGUCUCCUGGGCCUGGCUAGCCGUGUGGUGGUCGUGUGGUUCCAGAAUGCCCGCCAGAAAGCACGCAAAAAUGCCAUCGAGGGUGGGCCUGUGCCGACCGGAGGAGGCAACGGGGGAGCCUCUGGCUGCAGGCGCUGCCAUGCCACCUUCUCCUGUGUUUUCGAGUUGGUGCGGCACCUCAAGAAAUGCUAUGACAACCAGCCCCCUGAAGAGGAGGAGGAAGAGGCAGAGCGAGGGGAAGAGGAGGAAGAGGUAGAGGAGGAGGAUGCAGAGGAGGAACAGAGCCUGGAACCCCCCACAGGGCCUGAGGGUCCCUCACCAGGGCCCCUGGACAGGGAAGAGCUGAGCCAAGCAGAGGCAACAAAGCCAGGAGGCAAAGACCCUGAAGGGAGGGCCCCUCCCUCACCAUCCCCGGUCCACACUUGUGACCAGUGCACCAUGUCUUUCCCCAACCAAGACCUCCUGACCAGUCAUCGGCGGCUACACUUCCUGCCAUCCGUGCAGCCCAGUGCGGCCCCGCACCUCCUGGAUCUGCCCUUGCUGGUGUUUGGGGAGCGAAGCCCCCUGGUGGCAGGCACUCCGCCGGCGCCAGGGCCUCCCCUCAAACGGAAGCACGAGGAGGGCAGCCUGUCCCCGACAGGCAGUGAAGCAGGGGGGGGAGGGGAGGGCGAGCCCCCCCGGGACAAGCGCCUGCGCACCACCAUCCUGCCAGAGCAGCUGGAGAUCCUGUACCGCUGGUACAUGCAAGACUCCAACCCGACGCGCAAGAUGCUCGACUGCAUCUCUGAGGAGGUGGGGCUCAAGAAGCGAGUGGUGCAGGUCUGGUUCCAGAACACCAGGGCCCGGGAGAGGAAAGGCCAAUUUCGAAGCACCCCUGGGGCGGUGCCCAACCCAACAUCCAAGCCCCCCAUCACGUCUGCCCCUGCAGCCUUCCCCAAGUUCAACCUCUUGUUGGGCAAGGUAGAUGAUGGGACUGGGAGGGAGGCCUCAAAGCGGGAAGCACCUGCUUUUCCCUACCCCCCGGUUACCCCUGCCGCCGGGCCCCUCCCUUUUCUACCACCUGGGAAAGAGGCCACCACCCCAACACCAGAGCCACCGCUACCUCUCCCACCUCCCCCUCCACCCAGUGAGGAAGAGGGUGCAGAGGAGCCGGCUAAAGCUUCUCCAGAGAGCGAGGCUUGCAGUCCAUCUGCCGGGGAUCUCAGCGAUUCGUCUGCUUCCAGUCUGGCCGAACCAGAGUCCCCUGGGGCUGGAGGAAGCAGUGGAGGAACAGGAAGUGGGGCUGGGGUUCCAGAUGGGAUGGGGCAGCGGCGCUACAGGACCCAGAUGAGCAGCCUGCAGUUGAAGAUCAUGAAAGCCUGCUACGAAGCCUACCGUACCCCAACCAUGCAGGAGUGUGAGGUGCUGGGGGAGGAGAUUGGGCUGCCCAAGAGAGUCAUCCAGGUCUGGUUCCAGAAUGCUCGUGCCAAGGAAAAGAAGGCCAAGCUGCAGGGGGCAGCGGUUGGCGGGGCUGGGGGCAGCAGUGAGGGCCCCUUGGGAGCCCAGCGCACUGACUGUCCCUACUGCGACGUCAAGUAUGAUUUCUAUGUCUCCUGCCGAGGCCAUCUCUUUUCACGCCAGCACCUGGCCAAACUCAAAGAGGCAGUCCGAGCCCAGCUGAAGAGUGAAAGCAAGUGCUACGACUUGGCCCCAGCACCCGAGGCUCCCCCGGCUCCCAAGGCCACACCUGCCACCACACCUGCCUCUCUGCCCCUCGGGGCUGCCCCAGCCUUGCCUCGCCUGGCCCCGGUCCUCUUGUCUGGCCCAGCUCUGGCCCAGCCCCCACUGGGCAGCUUAGCUCCUUUCAGUUCAGGCCCUGCAGCCUCCUCUGGCCUCCUCAGCCUCGCCACUUCAGUCCUGCCUGCUACCGCAGUGGUCCAGACUGCUGGCCCAGGCUGCCCCUUACCUCAGAGACCUGUGCCCGAGCAAACUAACACCUCCACAGCUGGCACCACUGACCCUGCCCCAGGCCCCCCUCCUGAGCCCUCUGGGGACAAGGUCUCUGGUGAGCGAAAGCCAGUUGCAGCCCCCACCAACUCUUCCACUGACGCCCUCAAGAACCUCAAAGCACUGAAGGCUACUGUCCCAGCCCUCUUGGGGGGCCAAUUCCUGCCCUUCCCAUUGCCCCCUGCAGGGGGGGCGACACCACCAGCUGUCUUUGGCCCCCAGUUGCAGGGGGCCUACUUCCAACAGCUCUAUGGCAUGAAGAAGGGGCUAUUUCCCAUGAACCCCAUGAUACCUCAGACCCUCAUCGGACUGCUCCCCAACGCCCUCCUCCAGCCACCACCCCAGCCCCCUGAGCCCACAGCCACAGCGCCUCCAAAGCCUCCCGAUCUGGCUGCUCCAGGGGAGGGGGAGGCGGGGGAGGCUGAUGAGCUGCUGUCAGGCAGUACCGGCAUCUCCACCGUGGACGUGACCCACCGCUAUCUGUGCCGCCAGUGCAAGACGGCAUUUGAUGGGGAGGCCCCAGCCACGGCUCACCAGAGAUCCUUCUGCUUCUUUGGGCGGGGCCCUGGGGGUUCUGUGCCCCCCCCGCUGCGGGUGCCCAUCUGCACCUACCACUGCCUGGCAUGUGAGGUGCUGCUGAGUGGGCACGAAGCCCUGGCCUCCCACCUGCGCUCCUCGGCCCACCGGCGCAAGGCGGCCCCACCCCCAGGGGGCCCACCCAUCACCAUCACCAACGCCGCCACAGCCGCCACGGCUGCUGUGGCUUUUGCCAAAGAGGAAGCAAGAUUACCUCACACGGACUCCAACCCAAAAACUACUACUACCUCUACACUUCUAGCUUUAUAA